GUAUUAUUUUUAUUUGUCGGCUGCUGCGCACUAGUGUAGUACCGGCUGUACCUUUCUAUUUGUAUAACUACACAAUUUUUUAUAUAACAUAUAUUAAGUCGUAUUUCGAGUAUUGCCAAAAGGGUUUGCGUGUUUUGUUUGAUUCUUACGUGAUACUUAUUCAAGUACCUGCAACCUGUCACAAUGAUUUUUAACCUAAUUCGGCACAUACACAUCUAAACGAAGUAUUCGCAAAUUUUGGCGAAUAGAAUCAUCGAAUGUUUGGAAAUCUCAAGGAUAUGGUGGGAUGAUAAGUUUUUUUUGCCAGACAUGUCGGCGUUCCGAGGUUAUGUCAUCGAGAAAAAAAUACGUUUUAAAAUAGCGUGUUCUCAGAGGUCGAAUGGUUCUGAAUUUCUUUUAUCGACGAUUGACAGCUAUUUGUGAAAUUCAAUGAUCAAUUGACAGCCAAUAUUCAAGUCAUGAUAAUUCAGAGAAAGAUGAAACAAAUCAUUUUUUUAGUUGUUGGCAUAGUUUUAGUUCUAGGAAUUUACAAAAGUAUUGCAAAAACGGACAAUAAUGGCGAAUUUCACAGCAGCCGAGAUAGGUUGUCAAGUGAUCGCCUUACCAAUAUUCUCAAGAAGCCUGGUGAUGCAAAAAUUGCUGAUGCAUCAGAAAUCAAUGACUUAGAAGAGGCAAAGAACAAGAUAAGAGAACUGGAGGAAAAGUUGAAGUACAUAGAAUCCAAACUGGAGGUUCGAGUACCUAAAAACUAUCCUGUAGUCAAAUUCCUCAAUUACAAGAAUCGAAGACGUAUAUUAGUAACUGGUGGUGCUGGUUUUGUAGGCUCACAUCUGGUAGAUCGCCUCAUGUUGGCUGGCCACGAGGUCAUUGUCGUUGACAAUUUUUUCACAGGUAGAAAGAGAAAUGUCGAGCAUUGGAUUGGCCAUGAGAACUUUGAAUUAGUUCAUCAUGAUGUUGUCAGACCAUUGUACGUAGAGGUAGAUGAGAUUUAUCAUCUUGCCAGUCCUGCUAGUCCACCUCAUUAUAUGUUAAACCCUGUAAAGACUAUAAAAACUAAUACUCUAGGUACAAUCAACAUGUUGGGACUUGCUAAAAGAGUAGGUGCCAAGGUUUUGAUAGCGAGCACUUCUGAAGUUUAUGGUGAUCCUGAUGAACACCCACAGUCAGAAACUUACUGGGGACAUGUAAAUCCAAUAGGUCCAAGAGCUUGUUACGAUGAAGGAAAACGAGUAGCAGAAACGCUAAGCUACGCCUAUGAGCGACAAGAAAACGUCGCGGUUCGAGUAGCUCGCAUUUUCAACACUUACGGACCACGGAUGCAUAUGAACGACGGCAGAGUGGUUUCGAAUUUCAUACUCCAAGCGUUACAAAACAAUUCAAUAACGAUCUAUGGCGAUGGCAAGCAAACCAGAUCGUUUCAGUACGUGUCGGAUCUAGUAGAUGGAUUGGUCGCUUUAAUGGCAUCAAAUUACACUCAGCCUAUCAACAUUGGCAAUCCAGUAGAACAUACAAUAGAAGAAUUUGCACGAAUAAUUAAAGAUUUGGUGGGAGGUACGAGCAAAAUAGUCGCACUUGCUGCGGUCGAAGACGAUCCUCAACGACGAAAGCCGGACAUUUCGCGAGCCAAGAAAUAUCUGAAUUGGGAGGCAAAGGUUCCUCUAGUCGAGGGACUGAAGAAAACCAUUACUUACUUUACAAAAGAGCUUCAGCGAUCAAAGUACUCGUUGGCGGAUAAUCCCCUCAAAAGGCCGUUUAAAAAUGAUCACGACAUAAUAGAACAGUUAUAGUAAUUAUGACUUUCUGCGAUUAUUAUGUGCCAAACAAUGUCCCUCGUCCGAACUCACAAGUUUUGAUUACGGUUUUGCCAGUUUAACGGGUACUUUUGAUGCCCUGAGUUGUUAUUUUACAAGGUAUGUUCAAAUCACUCAAAGAAAGUCAACCAAAUCGUUAAACUUUUCGACGUUCUCCAGCGACUUACCCCAGUACAAAUAGAAAAAAAAAAUGUAGUAACUCACGUUUGAUAUACGCAAGUUUUGUACGUAAUCGUAGACGUAAUCCACGGCGAGAUCGUUCGCGAGACAGCCUCUGUAAAUAUUGUACAAUCAUCCACUAUAAUAUGCUCCGAACGAAAAAGAACAGCUCCAUUCGCCGACUUGUGUAAGUUUGUAAGAUAUAGAAGUAUAAAAAAUGUACAUACAUAAACUCACGUGCUUCGAAAACUCCGAAUGCGUGCUGAUAUUCAAUAGAUUUUUUGGAAAAGGCCGCACGUAUCGCCGGUUCGAUUCGCAGCUUUGAUCAGGUGGAGUGUAUAAAAAUACAAAAUAAACCAUAGCGAAAAGAAGCAAGCCUCUACUCAUGUACAAUAUAAAGGACGAACAAAAGCUGCUGGAAUAUAGAAGAGAGGCAUGAGGCCGGUGGUAUACAUCGGGAUGCCCGUCACGCGUCCAGCUCUCCUGUUCAGCGUCUAACGAUUGUCAUGCAAAUGGCAGCAGGAGGCGCGCGUUAUACGCGCGUUUUCGCGCGAUGUGGGCGCUGUGCAGGUCGAAAGGAGAGAAAUGUGCAUGAUAAUCGCUGCAUCCGCACAGCAAGCGCACAACAAAGGCUCUUGUCCGGCGGCGAUUGCGCGCAAGGAAGUCGCACGUGUGCGAUGCGUGAAUGAAAUAACGCGUGUCUUAUUCAACGAGCGAGCGACCAGAUAAGAGAUACGUAAAUGCGACAUUAUUAUUAUUUUCUUCUUCUAACUUUUGCCGUUUUGUGCAGAAAAGACUGCGGGAACAUGGAUGUAUAGAAACAUAUGUAUACUCUUAGAAGACGUUUUGUAAGAGCUGCGAAGUGUUUUUUUUUAAAAAUAAUUUAUUCGUCGAGUUUUAAUAAAAAGGAUUUUGUGAAA